AUGUCGCUUAGUCGCUGUCGUCAACUCAGUCAAGAACAACGAUCUCAUGCUGCAACCUAUACAUUAGCCAUGUCCGAAGAUAAUGAACCGUUAGUAGCAGCACCUUAUUCUGCAAAAGUAAGUGUCUGAUGUUAUUAUCUAUCCUCUACGGCUUUUUCUCUUUUCCAAGAGAACGGCACUUACCGAUGCAACAAAUAUUCAGCAUAUGAUGAACAUUCCCAUUGCUUCUUCGGCACCAUCGGAUGUCUUCUCUUAUCAAAUUUUAUCGUCGUUUGGUGAUGCUAUGUCUCAAAAAUGAUAUUGAUCAUCGUUUAUACAUGUAAAUAGUCAUCUCGGUUGAAGAAGUAAUUUUUUCCUAUUUUCUGUGAUUAUUCUUGAGUAACCCAUUGCGGCAAUUCUUAAAGAAAUGUGCCAUUUAUCUUUAUUCAUUAUUUUUUUAAUGCAAAAAUCAUUUAAAUCGACGUUUUUGAAAAAAAGCCUAUUGAAAUUCACUUUUUAAAAAUUCUUUUAGAAACUCUGUUUAAUUUAACUCUGUUUAACCCUUUAACGGGCGAAUUUUGGAUAGCGAAGUUCUGUUGCUGCCGAUGCUGCAGUCAGGUAGGCCGUGGCUUAGACUAUCAUGCACGUUGAUCGGGUCAACAAUAUUGAGGUACUGCACGC